AUGCAUCUUGACAAUCAGCAGAUGUACCCAACAGAUUCUGCAAAGGGAUUAAGAUUUGGCACCGGACUUGGUUUCUGUGCAGCCUCUGAGGCUGAGAGUCUCAGGAGAGGGAAGCAGGCUGUCAGCUGGGGCUUUGCAGGCUCUCAUCCUGCCUUGAGGGUUGGUUGGCUCUUCCCUCUCUCUUCAGUACCCAAUUUUACCUUCUUAAAGGAUGGAUGCGGAUGCUGGAGGCUUAAAGGAGACAAGAUCUACAAUGCAGUGAGAAGGGGAGAAGAAACAGAAGAUACAGUUGGAUCUCUUCUCCAUUUCUUCACAAAGCUCCCAGUCUCUGAGACAGCCCAUGAAAGGAUUAACAUCGGUCCCUGCUUAAAGCAAUGUGUCCCAGAUACCGUAUGUGAGUAUCGGGCCACCCUCCAAAGGACUUCCAUAUCUCAGUACAUCACCGGUUCUCUCCUAGAAGCAACCACAUCUUUAGGAGCAAGAAGUGGCCUUCUCAAUACUUUUGGAGGAUCCACCGGACGAAUGAUGCUGAAAGAACGCCAACCAGGCACCUCUGUGGCCAAUUCCAGUGCCCUCCCUUCAAGUUCAGCUGGGAUCAGCAAGGAACUGAUUGAUCUGCAGCCCCUCAUCCAGUUUCCUGAGGAAGUUGCCAGCAUCCUGAUGGAGCAGGAGCAGAAUAUUUACCGAAGGGUCUUGCCGGUUGACUAUCUUUGCUUCUUGACCCAGAAUUUGGGCACUCCAGAAUGUCAGAGGUCCCUGCCCUGCCUCAAAGCAUCCAUCUCAGCAUCCAUUCUUAACCCUCAGAAUGGAGAGCACAAUGCCCUUGAAGAUCUUGUGUUGAGAUUUAAUGAGGUGAGCUCCUGGGUGACGUGGCUGAUCCUCACGGCGGGCUCCAUGGAGGAGAAGCGGGAGGUCUUCUCCUAUUUGGUGCAUGUGGCCAAAUGCUGCUGGAACAUGGGCAACUACAACACUGUCAUGGAGUUCUUGGCCGGCCUCAGAUCAAGAAAAGUUUUAAAGAUGUGGCAGUUUAUGGACCAGUCUGACCUGGAGACCAUGAGGAGCCUGAAGGACGCCAUGGCUCAGCAUGAGUCUUCCUGCGAGUACAAGAAGGUGGUGACACGGGCGCUGCACAUCCCCGGCUGUAAGGUGGUUCCAUUCUGCGGGGUGUUUCUGAAGGAGCUCUGUGAAGUACUAGACGGAGCCUCUGGCCUGGUGAAGCUCUGCCCAAGAUACAAUUCCCAAGAGGAAACUCUAGAGUUUGUAGCUGACUACAGUGGACAAGAUAAUUUUUUACAACGCGUGGGACAAAAUGGCUUAAAGAAUUCGGAGAAAGAGUCCACCGUCAACAGCAUCUUUCAGGUCAUCCGGAGCUGCAGCCGGAGUCUGGAGACAGAGGACGAGGACAGCGCCAGUGAAGGGAACAGCUCUAGGAAAAACUCCUUGAAGGAUAAAGCUCGAUGCCAGUUUAUAAUUGGAGAUUUGCUGGAUACGGAAAAUGACAUCUUUGAGCAGCCCAAAGAAUGGGACCCUCAUGGAUUAGAAGAGCCACAGAAGGCCUUUGACCAUGGGACGGAGCUCAUCCCGUGGUACGUCCUGUCCAUCCGAGCUGAUGUGCACCAGUUCCUGCUGCAGGGGGCCACGGUUAUCCACUAUGACCAGGACACACACCUCUCGGCCCGCUGCUUCCUCCAGCUCCAGCCUGACAAUAGCACUUUAACCUGGAUAAAGCCCACCACUGCCUCCCCAGCCAGCGCUAAAGCAAAACUUGGUGUGCUUAGUAAUACAUCUGAACCUGGCAAAUUCCCAUUAUUGGGCAACGCUGGAUUAAGUGGCCUGGUGGAGGGGGUCUUGGAUCUGUUUUCAGCAAAGGCUGUGUACAUGGGACACCCUAGCAUUGAUAUACACACUGUGUGUGUUCAGAACAAACUGAGUAAUGUGUUUCUCUCAGAGACCGGUGUGACACUGCUCUAUGGGCUUCAGACCACUGACAAUAGAUUAUUGCACUUUGUGGCACCAAAGCACACAGCUAAGAUGCUCUUCAGCGGGUUGUUGGAACUCACUAGAGCUGUGAGAAAGAUGAGGAAGUUCCCUGACCAAAGACAACAGUGGCUGCGGAAACAGUACGUCAGCCUCUAUCAGGAGGAAGGACGGUAUGAAGGCCCCACUUUGGCUCAUGCUGUGGAGCUGUUUGGUGGCAGACGGUGGAGCACUCGAAACCCUAGCCCUGGGACAUCUGCAAAGAGUGGCGAGAAGCCCAACAUGCAGAGGAACAACACCUUGGGCAUCAGCACUACCAAGAAAAAGAAGAAAAUCCUUAUGAGGGGGGAGAGCGGAGAGGCGACCGACGACGAGAUGGCCACCCGAAAGGCCAAAGUGCACAAAGAGUGUCGGAGCUGGAGUGGUUCUGACCCUCAAGACAUUAAUGAACAAGAAGAAUCAGAGGCGAAUGCCAUCACAAGCCCGCCUAACCUUCUCCCUUCCAGAAGAGCCCACUCUCUGACCACGGCUGGGUCCCCUAACUUGGCUGCUGGGACGCCAUCUCCCAUCAGGCCAGUGUCCUCCCCUGUGCUGUCUUCAAACAAGAGCCCGUCCAGUGCUUGGAGCAGCAGCAGCUGGCACGGGCGCAUCAAAGGAGGAAUGAAAGGCUUUCAGAGCUUCAUGGUUUCCGACAGUAACAUGAGUUUCGUCGAAUUUGUUGAGCUGUUCAAAUCCUUCAGUGUAAGGAGCCGCAAAGACCUGAAGGAUCUCUUUGACCUCUAUGCCGUGCCCUGCAACCGACUGGGCUCUGAGUCGGCCCCACUCUACACCAACCUAACCAUUGACGAAAACACCAGCGGUCUGCAGCCUGACCUAGAUUUGUUGACCAGAAAUGUCUCGGAUUUGGGGUUGUUCAUUAAGAGUAAACAACAGCUGUCAGACAGCCAGAGGCAGAUCUCGGACGCCAUUGCUGCUGCAAGCAUCGUGACAAAUGGCACUGGGGUCGAGAGCACAUCCCUGGGCAUAUUUGGGGUUGGCAUACUUCAGCUCAACGACUUUCUAGUGAAUUGCCAAGGAGAGCACUGCACUUUUGAUGAAAUCCUCAGCAUCAUCCAGAAGUUUGAGCCUAGCAUUAGUAUGUGUCACCAGGGCCUAAUGUCAUUUGAAGGAUUUGCAAGGUUUCUGAUGGAUAAAGAUAAUUUUGCAUCAAAAAAUGAUGAAUCACAGGAGAACAUUAAAGAAUUACAGCUGCCCCUGUCCUACUAUUACAUUGAAUCUUCACACAAUACCUACCUCACAGGCCAUCAGCUCAAAGGAGAAUCCUCAGUAGAACUCUACAGCCAGGUCCUCCUGCAAGGCUGCAGGAGUGUAGAGUUGGACUGCUGGGACGGAGAUGACGGGAUGCCCAUCAUUUAUCAUGGACACACACUGACAACCAAGAUCCCCUUCAAGGAAGUGGUUGAAGCCAUUGAUCGCAGUGCCUUCAUCAACUCUGACCUGCCAAUCAUCAUAUCAAUUGAGAACCAUUGUUCAUUGCCUCAGCAACGAAAAAUGGCAGAAAUUUUCAAGACUGUGUUUGGAGAAAAACUGGUGGCUAAAUUCUUAUUUGAGAGUGAUUUCUCAGAUGAUCCCAUGCUUCCUUCACCUGACCAACUUAGAAGGAAGGUGCUUCUUAAAAAUAAGAAGCUAAAAGCUCAUCAGACGCCGGUGGAUAUCUUAAAGCAAAAGGCUCAUCAGUUAGCAUCCAUGCAAGCUCAGGCCUAUAAUGGUGGGAAUGCCAACCCCCCACCUGCUAAUAACGAGGAGGAGGAGGAUGAAGAGGACGAGUAUGAUUAUGACUAUGAAUCCCUCUCUGAUGAUGUCCUUACUGCUUCUCCUGCUCCUAACUGUCAGGAAGACAACAUUCUAGAAGACAGACCUGAAAAUAAAUCAUGUAACGACAAGCUUCAGUUUGAGUAUAGUGAAGAAAUUCCCAAGAGGAUAAAGAAAGCAGAUAACUCUGCUUGCAACAAAGGAAAGGUAUAUGACAUGGAAUUGGGAGAAGAAUUUUAUCUUCCUCAGAAUAAAAAGGAAAGCAGACAGAUUGCACCCGAGCUUUCUGACCUUGUCAUCUAUUGCCAAGCAGUAAAAUUUCCAGGCCUGUCAACUCUAAAUGCAUCUGGCUCUAGCAGAGGAAAAGAAAGGAAAAGCAGGAAGUCCAUUUUUGGCAACAAUCCGGGCAGAAUGAGCCCUGGGGAGACAGCAUCAUUUAACAAAACAUCUGGAAAAAGUUCCUAUGAAGGAAUACGACAGGCCUGGGAGGAGUCUUCUUCCCCUCUCAGCCCAUCCACGUCCCUCAGCGCUAUCAUUAGAACUCCCAAAUGUUACCAUAUCUCAUCGCUGAAUGAAAAUGCCGCCAAACGUCUGUGUCGCAGGUAUUCUCAGAAACUGAUCCAGCACACCACCUGUCAGCUGCUCAGGACCUACCCAGCCGCCACGCGCAUCGACUCAUCCAACCCCAACCCCCUCAUGUUCUGGCUGCAUGGGAUACAGCUCGUGGCACUCAACUACCAGACAGAUGAUCUCCCUUUGCAUUUAAACGCUGCCAUGUUUGAGGCCAACGGUGGCUGUGGCUAUGUUUUGAAACCCCCGGUUCUGUGGGACAAGAACUGUCCCAUGUACCAGAAGUUUUCCCCCUUGGAAAGAGACCUGGACAACAUGGAGCCCGCCGUCUACUCUUUAACUGUGGUCUCUGGUCAGAACGUGUGCCCAAGUAACAGCACGGGAAGCCCGUGCAUCGAGGUCGACGUCCUGGGCAUGCCGCUGGACAGCUGCCACUUCCGCACGAAGCCCAUCCAUCGAAACACUCUGAACCCCAUGUGGAACGAGCAGUUCUUCUUCCGGGUUUACUUCGAAGACCUUGUGUUCCUUCGUUUUGCAGUCGUGGAAAACAACAGCUCUGCAGUCACUGCUCAGAGAAUCAUUCCGCUCAAGGCUCUAAAACGAGGAUAUCGACAUCUCCAGCUGCGAAACCUCCACAAUGAAGUCCUAGAAAUCUCUAGUUUAUUCAUAAACAGCAGAAGGAUGGAAGAAAAUUCCUCUGGCAGUACUGUGCCAGCCUCUUUGAUGUUUACUACAGAAGAAAGAAAAUGUUUCCAGGCUCACAGAGUCACGGUGCAUGGGGUCCCAGGCCCAGAACCCUUUACUGUUUUCUCCAUAAAUGGAGGCACCAGGGCAAAGCAGCUUCUCCAACAAAUUCUAACCUCUGAACAAGACACCAAACCUAUUGCCACAGACUAUUUUUUGAUGGAAGAAAAAUAUUUUAUAUCUAAAGAAAAGAAUGAAUGCAGAAAACAACCGUUCCAGAGAGCCAUUGGUCCAGAAGAAGAGAUCGUGCAGAUCUUAAACAGCUGGUUUCCAGAAGAGGGAUACGUUGGCAGGAUUGUCUUGAAAACCCAGCAGGAAAACUUAGAAGAGAAAAGCAUUGUUCAAGAUGACAAAGAGGUGAUCUUGACCUCGGAGGAGGAGAGUUUCUUUGUCCAAGUGCACGACGUUUCCCCAGAGCAACCUCGAACCGUCAUCAAAGCGCCCCGCGUCAGCACGGCGCAGGAUGUCAUUCAGCAGACCUUAUGCAAAGCCAAGUACUCCUAUAGCAUUCUGAGCAACCCCAACCCGAGUGACUACGUACUUCUGGAAGAGGUGGUGAAAGACACAGCCAACAAGAAGUCUUCCACCCCCAAGUCCUCCCAGCGGGUCCUUUUGGAUCAGGAGUGUGUGUUUCAAGCCCAAAGCAAGUGGAAAGGUGCAGGGAAAUUCAUCCUUAAGCUAAAGGAGCAGGUGCAGGCAUCCCGAGAAGACAAAAGGAAAGGCAUUUCUUUUGCAAGUGAAUUCAAGAAGCUCACCAAGUCGACGAAACAGCCCCGAGGACUCACAUCACCUUCUCAGGUCUUGACCUCAGAAAGUGUCCAAAACAAGGAGGAGAAACCUGUGGGCAGCUUGUCCUCCAGUGAUGUGACAGACUAUCGACAGUGACCGUGGGGAGCACCCUAACCAGGAAAUUGGUGAUUUCUGGCCUGAAGCUUUCUUCACACACGAUGUGAGGUCCACACUGGGGACCAGCAAAGUGGCACAGGGCUAACGAGCUACCAUCUUCCUGAUGAAGGAAGCAAAGGAGCCCAGGAGAUUCCAUCUUACAAAUGUCAACAGUUGUUAAAAUAUAUAAAUAACUGUCCAGACAGUAUCCAGCCACAUAACAUGAAAAAGAGACAUUUAUCAAAGAAGAUACAAGACACAAGAAAUGUUGUACGUAGGACAAUGAU